CGGAGUGGUCCCAGAUGCUCGCAAGGAUUGCCUGGACAGCCGCCAUUUCAUUUUAAUGAUGACGAGGCCCACUUUAACGCCACGUUGGCGAAAAUAUUAAAGCCUCGUUAUCAUGGUAGCCUAGGACAUGCCCAGGUUCGCCGGUUCCUAGCCCAGGAACUUAAGAAAUUGGGCUUCAUGGUGGUCCAGAAUAAAUUCCGCGAAGGUGUAAACUUCACCAAUGUUGUUGCCUAUUGGAAUCCAGGGGUAGAGCAUGUUAUAAUGCUGAGUUGCCACUACGAUACAGAAACUCCGAGAUUGAAGAACAAGACAUACUGGGGAGCCACGGAUGGAGCAGUUCCUUGUGCCAUACUCCUGAACGUGGCCAAAACCAUGGGUGAAUAUCUGAAAAAUGAUCUUUCCUUAAGAAUGGACGUAGGUUUGGCUCUUGUCUUCUUUGAUGGACAUAAACCAUUACUUACGGAUCCAGAAAAUGAGGUUCGCUUGAUUGGCUCACGGCAUUUUGUUGAAGUGGAUUUUAUACCCUUAGAAAAUAUAAUUUUAGCUAUUAACUUAAACCUUAUUGGGCUGGCAAAUGAAAGUUAUUUCAGUUACCACAAUGACACCGCGGAUCUCCACUUCAAAAUUUCUGAUUUGGAGCAAGAACUUUGGGAGUCGAAGCAGUUAACUGGUGGCCCAGUUUUGUUCCACAAACUCCAGCAUUACAACAAAGAUCAGCCUGAUGAUGAUUAUCCGUUCCAUGAACAAGGUGUUCCAGUUUUGCAUAUUUCUCCGGAAAUUAACCCAAAAAUUCAUCAUACUACAGCAGAUAUUAAGGAGAAUUUGCAUUGGCCCACGAUUCGAAAUAUGAUAAAAAUAUUACGGAAAUUUUUGUAUGAUUAUUUAAGAAGUCAAGAAUUUGAUUCUCCGCAUCGAGGUGAAGCUAUGUUUAUGUACCAAGAUGAAGGCGAGAACAUACUGUUUUACUAGUAAACGACUAUUUUUAACUGGAUUUCUCCUAAAUUAUUAUUUUAUAUCCAUAGAAA